CCCGCCCUCAUCCUCAUAAUGUCGGAAACCACACACAGCAAAAUCAACACACUUUACUGAAAUAUGCAUAGAAGAAGUUAUGCAGAAACUUCUGCGCCCAACUUCUUCUUCGGUUCCAAUCUUCUCUGUAUCUGUGGUUAGCCCUUUUCUCUCUUUACCCCUAAACCCUUCAAAAGGUUCUAACUUUGCACCCUCAAGGUCAAUGGCAGCAGCAGCAGCACCUGUAGCUGGUUCAUCUCUGGCUUCUUCGCUCACAAAGAAGAACCCUUUCACUCUCAAAUCCACUUUAUCUUCUCACUAUUUGACACCUUCUUCCAACACUUGCUGUGUUUGUAGGUGUCUAACCCACAAUAGGAGUAGGACCUCUUGGGUUCUCCCUAAGCACUCUUCAAAUGGGUCCUUGCAUUCGGGUUCAGACGGGUCUUUUCUUACCGACCCGAACCCGAACCCUGAGACGAACCCUGACACUGACCCUGACCCUGACCCUGACCCUGUUGAGGGUACAACAAACGAUGAUUGUGUAGAGAGCAACGACACAAAGGAGAAGAAACCCUUGAGCUUCAGAUUAAAUAGGAGGCAAAAGGGUUCUUCUUCUUCUUCUUCUUCCUCUCCCAUACCAUCAAAUCCUGAUUUGUUGGCCAUUCCUGGUGUAGGUCCCAGAAAUCUCAGAAAACUCGUUCAGAAAGGUAUUGCUGGUGUUGCUGAACUCAAGCAACUCUACAAAGAUAAGUUCUUUGGCAAAUCUAGUGACAAGAUGGUUGAGUAUUUACAGAGUUCUGUUGGAAUAAUCCACAAGAACCAUGCUGAAAGUAUAACUAGUUUUAUUAAAAAGAGUGUGGAUGAAGAGUUGGAAGAUAAUUCCUCAUCUGUGCAGCCUCUUCAGAAGAAACGACUUACAUUCUGUGUUGAGGGUAAUAUCAGUGUUGGUAAGACUACCUUCCUUCAGAGAAUAGCUAAUGAAACAAUUGAAUUGCGUGAUCUUGUCGAGGUGGUUCCGGAACCUAUUAGCAAGUGGCAGGAUGUUGGACCUGACCACUUCAAUAUUUUGGAUGCUUUUUAUGCUGAACCACAAAGGUAUGCCUACACCUUUCAGAACUAUGUAUUUGUUACACGGGUGAUGCAGGAAAGAGAGUCAUCUGGUGGAAUCAAGCCUCUUCGUUUGAUGGAGAGGAGUGUUUUCAGUGACAGGAUGGUUUUUGUACGAGCUGUUCAUGAAGCCAAUUGGAUGAAUGAGAUGGAGAUCAGUAUUUAUGACUCAUGGUUUGAUCCUGUUGUAUCCUCCUUGCCUGGACUUAUUCCUGAUGGUUUUAUCUAUCUUAGGGCAAGUCCUGAUACUUGCCAUAAGAGAAUGAAGUUGAGGAAGAGAACAGAAGAAGGUGGAGUUUCCCUAGACUAUCUCCGUGACCUCCAUGAAAAGCAUGAAAGCUGGUUAUUCCCCUCCCAAAGUGGUAAUCAUGGAGUAUUUUUGGUCAAUAAGCUACCCCAGCAUGUUGACAACUCUUUACAUCCUAAUAUAAGAGACCGUGUAUUUUAUCUGGAGGGUGAUCACAUGCAUUCAAGCAUUCAGAAGGUUCCUGCACUGGUUCUGGACUGUGAACCCAAUAUUGAUUUCAGCAAAGAUGUUGAAGCAAAGAGGCAAUAUGCACGCCAAGUUGCAGAGUUUUUUGAAUUUGUGAAGAAAAAGCAAGAAGUUCCAUCAAAGGAGGCUGUUGAAGGGCAACCACAGGUGGUGCUACCUCAUGAAGGUGGCUUGUGGUUACCAGAUGGAAAGCCAUUUCCCCAGUCAGCUCUCAAACCUUUGGACUUCAGGCGAGCAAUGUCAUUCAGGUCUGGCUAGUGCCAAGAUAUAGUAAUGGCCUCUUCACUAUGUUUCACGUUUUUCUUGCAUGUAAAGGUUUUCAUUCCGGACCUUGACUGAUGUAGAGAUACUAGAAUUUAUGGUUGCUUUGAUAAUA